CCUUGAUCUCAUUAUGCAAUUUAAAUCGAUCAAACCAAAGGAUCCAUCGUUAGUGUCUUACUUUAUACUAUCGUUUCUAAGAAUUGUGCUCGUUUUCGUGCCGCAGCUCGGUUACAUUCAUCCGGAUGAAUUUUUCCAAUCGGUUGAGGUUGUUGCAGGCGAUGAAUAUGGAUUGGAGGUGACACGUACGUGGGAGUUCAACACCACAUUCCCCAUCCGCUCCAUGGCUAUCACGUACUUCGGCAUGAAAAUCCCCUUUUCACUGUUACGCUUUGUUUCCAUGUACACAAACUACUAUCUGGGCAUUAAUUUACGUGGUAGCUACAUUACGCUGGUAUUCCCACGGCUGCUCAUGGUCGCCCUAUCGUUCGUGAACGAUUGGAGUUUGUAUAGGAUUUGUCGCUCGUACGGUUUACAGUACCAGUUCCGGUUGCUUACACUGGCCAGCUCGUACGUGAUGCUCGUCUACGCAACGCACACCUUUUCCAACUCGAUCGAAAUGGCACUCUGUUCGUUGUUGCUGUACAUCGUGAGCGAUUGUAUGAUCCACUCGAACACGGUCAUUUAUCAACGCGAAUUUCUCGAGGAAAAGUAUCGCAAAGCACAGCGUACGGUGGAAAAGGUGCGCUUCUACAAGUUGAAAAUGUCCCUUCCAUCGCAUUCGCUUAACAAAUGUGUCCUGAUGGCGACACUGUGCGUGGCAGGCGUUUUUAACCGACCCACGUUUAUCCUGUUCGGUAUGCCACUGGUAUUCCACUGGCUGCUACGCGGCAUGGGCACUAAAACGGUAUCGUUUACGGACUUUAAUUUGCGCAUUAUGAUAUUUGUGGUUUCGGCCAUCCCAUCGUUGGUAUUGUUUAUCGUAAUCGAUUCCAUCUACUACGGUUAUUUGACGAUGGCAGAAAUUGAACUGCAAGACAUCGGCAUUAACAACUUUGUCGUCACGCCGGUCAACUUUAUACGGUACAACAUCAUAUCGGAAAAUACCGCCCAGCAUGGCGUUCAUCCGUUCUACACGCACGUGCUUGUGAACGUUCCACUGCUGUACAAUGUGCUCGGGGUACUGGCCAUAUUUUCACUGCUCUUCAUGAUUUACCGCUUCGCUACAAACGAUUACACCAGCCUUCCCCGAGCGCAAUCCUUCGUAGGGCUAAUGCUGUCGGCGAUUUUCUUCCCCAUCAUAAGCCUCUCGCUGAUAAACCAUCAAGAGGCGCGCUUUUUAAUUCCCAUCACCGUACCAUUGGUGCUACUGCACGCACCAAAGCUUCAAGUAGGACUGUCCGCCAACUAUCCCUUUAAAACGCCGUCCCGCUUAAAGGAUUUACUCUACCACAAUCUGCUCUGUCCAGCCGUUAGUCCAAAGUAUCUGCUCAAAAUCUGGUACACCGCCAACGUUAUCCUGACGCUGUUCUAUGGUUUUUUGCACCAAGGCGGUGUCUAUCAGCUGGCCGAGUACUUUAGCCGCCAGGUCGAUGUACGUUCCUCGAACGUACACAUCCAUCUCGUUACCAGCCACAUCUACAGCGUGCCCCAGUGCUUUGUCGGACUGCCAAGCACCGAAACGUUGCUCGUCAAUCCAGACAACGGCCAAAAGUAUCGUCGUACGAAGCAAUUUUUCCUGUACGAGUAUGGUUCGCUCGAGCUGGAGCAACUCUACCGGAAGCUUAAGCUGCUGGUCGAUGUGUGUGAGAUGCGCUCCAUCAGCGCUAACCAGCGAUACCGUCUGUAUCUCGCAAUCCCGUCCAGCUUGUCCGAGCAGUUGAACGACAUCUUCCAGAAUCGUACCGCUGCGCUCAUCAAGCACAGUCAGGUGCGCGUUUUUUACCCACAUCUGUCCAUCGAAGCGAUGCCGAAAGUGUUCGGCCAGCAUCCGUGCGGUAUCAACACGGAUGUGGACGAACUGGACGAUACCUGUCCGAUAUACGCGCUAGAGGACGAACAGAAUCCAUUCAGCGUUGGGCGAAUGUUGAAGCAGUUUUCCUCGGUGGCGCAUCAGUUUGGACUGAUUUUGUAUCGGAUCGAGGUACGGCGCAUCAAAUAACAGCUACAUUACCAACCGGCAACCCGUGACGGACGGGCGACGGCCUGGGUUUGGAGUGAUACUCGAAGCUAGUCA